GGAGGAGCGCGGCGGCGGCGGCGGAGGCUCUGGAAGAGGCAAAGGAGGCGGCGGAGCUGCUUACCUCUUCUCAGACCCCGGAGCGUCCCGGACACGGAGCCCGGAACUGGGGGGACACGGCGACUGCGGGGACCCGGCGUCGAAUCAUCCUGGAGAGACAUGAAUGUCUGCAAUGAUAUUUCCUGAUAAGAAGAUAAUAGAAAGAAAGAUCACCAGUUAGCAGAAUUUCAAAUAACCAGGAUUUUGUACUUAACACCUCCAACUACAGACUUCUCUUGCCUACCUUUAAAUCAGAGAUAACCACAAUCAGAACCCAGACAAGGCAAAAGAAUACUUUUCUUCUGUAUCUUUUGAGAUAAAAGAAACUGCAAUGUCCAGGAAACAAACCCAGAAGGAUUCAUCAGGAUUCAUUUUCGAUUUGCAGUCCAAUACUGUACUGGCUCAGGGAGGAACUUUUGAAAACAUGAAAGAGAAGAACAAAAAGAAGAAAAGCAAACCAAAACCUGCAGUCGAAGCAAGUAACAGUAUCCUAGAUUCCAGUAAAUUGGUUUCUAUUCAAGAGGAGCAGUCCACGCCUUCUCCAGAAAAAGGUGAUAUUAAUGGUUACCAUGUUAAUGGUGCCAUCAAUGAUACUGAGUCUGUGGACUCACUCAGUGAAGGUAUGGAGACACUUUCAAUAGAUGCCAGAGAAUUGGAGGAUCCUGAGUCUUCCAUGCCAGAUGUGCUGGACAGAACAGGAUCCAUGCUGGAAAAUGGUGUCUUUGAUUUUGAGUCCAAGUCUUUGACUACGCACCCUACUCAGAAUUCUCAACAAAAUAGGAAUGCUAGCAAAUCUCUCUCAAGACCUCAGUUUUCAAAUUUGGGCAUGGAAGAUGUUCCACUCUCCUCCACUAACAAAAAGCUAGGUUCCAAUAUUGAAAAAUCUGUGAAAGACCUCCAGCGCUGCACAGUGUCUCUUGCACGAUAUCGAGUUGUAGUUAAAGAAGAGAUGGAUGCUUCCAUUAAGAAAAUGAAACAAGCUUUUGCUGAAUUGCAGAGCUGUUUAAUGGACCGAGAAGUGGCAUUGCUGGCUGAAAUGGACAAAGUGAAAGCUGAAGCAAUGGAAAUUUUGCUCAGCCGACAAAAGAAAGCUGAACUUCUAAAGAAGAUGACUGAUGUGGCUGUUCGAAUGUCAGAAGAGCAGUUGGUUGAGCUCAGAGCUGAUAUCAAGCACUUUGUUAGUGAACGUAAAUAUGAUGAGGAUCUGGGAAGAGUAGCCCGGUUCACCUGUGACGUAGAGACCCUAAAGAAGAACAUUGAUUCAUUUGGACAAGUGUCCCAUCCAAAGAACAGCUAUUCAACCCGAUCGCGAUGUAGCUCAGUUACAUCUGUGUCCCUCAGUAGCCUGUAUGAUGCCCCUGCUGCUGCUGCUGCUGCUUCCACCUGUGCCUCUGGUCCCAGCCUUACGAGUACUAACAAGAAAAACUCGGCACCAGGAGAGACUCCUGCAGGCAGAGCAGACUCCAGUGGCCGGUCCUAUCAGCCUCAUCGCCAGGUGUUGCCGGGGAACCGACGAGGAGGACAAGGCUACAGGCCACAAGGCCAAAAGUUCAGUGACUCCACAAACCAAGGACAACAUGACAGUAUGGGUCGUUACAGAAAUAGCUCAUGGUAUUCAUCUGGUUCCAGGUAUCAGAGUUCACAACCCCAGGCACCAGGAAAUGCUAGUGAACGGGGCCAGGCGCUCUCUGCAGGGAACAAUGGAACUAGAGCCAGCAUGGAACCCAGCCCACCCAAGCCCUCAUUCAAAAGGGGCCCACUCCCGCAGCGCAAACCCAGGACCUCUCAUCCUGCAGCUGUGAACUCUUGAGGGAAAUUACAAUUGGCCUUUCUCCUUUAUCCCACAUAAUUCAACUUGGUAACUGGACUUUAGGAAACUUAUAGUUAGAUUUAAUAACAGAAAGACGUUUUCACAUAUCAGUUUUUAUACCAUUCUAAAUAUUUCUUUCCUCAUUUCCUCAUUAUUUUUGGAGGGCGAUCUUUUUUUUUCCCUUGACCUUUCCCCGUGAUUUGGAUUAAUUCUGAUUGGUCAUUUCUACCAGGAAUCAUGGGCAAUGAUGGCCAAGUUUCCCAAGAGUAAGCAGUGUUCUUCCCAGGGCACCAGGCCUUUCACUUGCCCGCAGAGGCCGUCCUCAGCAGUCCCCAUGGUCAGGCUCUCAGGAGUGGGUGGGCCAGAGCUAGUCCUACUGCCUUUCCAAUCUAAGAGGAGCCACACAUGCCUGUCAGGUUCCCUCUAAACAACAGUUUAACCAGGAGAGGCACUGAGGGGAUUGUGUACUGCACUGAAUUAGAGAAGUGGAAAAUUUAAUUGGUGAAAAGGAAAAAAAGACUAGGAAAUAUUUAAGAAUCUGCCUCUCACAAAGUGCCUGAGAUUGACACUCAGAUCAGGGUUUCAGUCUCCCGCUUGGCAUGAUAGCUUAACCUGCAGUUUCUUCAAAAUAUCCAAAGCUUUGUUUCCUUAAUUUCCUUAGACUGCAAACGUGUUUAGGGAAGUCCAUGGGAAAAUAGCAUUUAUUUAAAGUUAAAAGAGGGGGGGGAAGUAUUUCUUUGCUUUAAUGUUUGAAGAUUUUUGUUGUUAUUAUUCUCAUUCUAAAUCGUAUUCUUAUCCUGAAUCAAAUUUAUAGCUAUGUAAUUAGUGUUAAUCUAAGUGUUACUCAUCAAAAAAUUGCCACAGUCAAUCUUUAGAGUUGAGUAAAUAAAAACAACUGCAUAAAUGUUCCCACAUUUGUUUCCCAGCGGCAAGUGACUUCAUUUCAUUAUCUAUUUUUCUUUGGGCCUCAUGUGGUAGAAGUCUCUGAGACAGUUUGUUCGGGGCUUAAAUGAGGGUGUCUGAUGCCUAAGUCAUCUGUCCGCUGCUUAGCUUCAGAACCAAAUUAAAAUGUGAAGAGCCAGAAUGAGCAAAUGCAGCUGUUCCUGUGGGAAAGAUUCAUGACUUUCCAAAGGAGAGCUUACCAGUUUAGAAAAACCACAGCUGCCAACGGCUCUCCCAGGCAACCGAAGGUUGUAUCAGCACCCUCCUCCCUGCCUGUCCCUUGGCAGGAGUAGUGAAUGUAACCGUAUAAUUGAGCUCCCGCACGUAGCAGGUGGCAUCGGUGCCAGACCCUUGCACCCUAUCCCCACUCCAGCAUCUAUGAUUUAAUAACAGCAGAGCGAUUUAUUUCUCCAGUAUUUGUUCUCCCAAGUCUGAAUCGCAGACUAAGUGGCAGUGGUGCAGAACUCAGCUGCCUCAGGGCUUCCCUUGGCUCUUUGGCUGAAGCUGAGCUGCCUGGUUCAGGUUGGUUGAACAGAUUUAGAGAGGACGAGAGAUUGUGUGUGUCUUUCAGUACUGAAAACAGUAGUCAAGGAGUACUGGGAAGCCAUUUUCUAAAAGGCUCAUCACCUCAUUUCGGGGAAUUUGUCCAGUAACACCAUCAGCCUGCUGGGUGUCAGGAAAAA